UCUUUCAUUCUUGAUCUUUCAGGUGACCAUUUGAAAGUAUGUUCGCAAGGCUACACCUGCUGCUCUGAAGAAAUGGAAGAGAAGUACAGCCAGCAGAGUAAACAGGACUUCAGAAAUGCGGUUGUGGAGCUCAGCAAUCACUUGCAAGCUAUGUUUAACUCCCGAUACAAAAAGUUUGAUGAGUUCUUCAAAGAACUGCUUGGAAAUGCCGAGAAAUCCUUGAACGACAUGUUCGUGCGAACGUACGGCCGUCUGUACAUGCAGAACUCGGAGCUGUUCCAGGAUCUCUUUCUAGAGCUGAAACGUUACUACGUGGGUGGAAACGUGAACCUGGAAGAGAUGCUCAACGACUUUUGGGCGCGCCUCCUGGAACGCAUGUUCCGGUUAGUGAACCCUCAGUACCAUUUCACGGACGAGUACCUGGAGUGUGUGAGCAAGUACACGGAGCAGUUGAAGCCAUUUGGAGACGUGCCCCGGAAGCUAAAGCUGCAAGUGACACGAGCGUUUGUGGCUGCCCGCACUUUUGCACAAGGCCUGGCCGUGGCCAGAGAUGUCAUUUCCAAAGUGUCCGCGGUGAACCCGACACCCCAGGGUACCCGGGCGCUGCUGAAAAUGAUGUACUGUCCACAUUGCCGAGGCCUCGUCUCCAUAAAACCAUGUUACAAUUACUGUUUUAACGUCAUGAGAGGCUGUUUAGCUAAUCAAGGGGACCUGGACACAGAGUGGAAUAACUUCAUAGAUUCCAUGUUGAUGGUAGCCGAGAGGCUGGAGGGCCCUUUUAACAUCGAGUCAGUCAUGGACCCGAUUGAUGUGAAAAUUUCCGACGCCAUCAUGAACAUGCAGGAGAACAGCAUGCAAGUGUCUCAGAAGGUUUUCCAAGGAUGUGGGCAGCCUAAAACACUGGCCCAAGGCCGGACCUCUCGCUCGGUUUCUGAGAGCGGUUUCAGCGCUCGCUUUAGACCCUACAAUCCAGAGGAGCGGCCAACUACAGCUGCUGGCACGAGUUUAGAUAGGCUGGUCACUGAUGUAAAGGAAAAGCUGAAGCAAGCCAAAAAGUUUUGGUCCUCUCUGCCCGGCAACAUUUGUAACGACGAGAAGAUGGCUGCCGGCAGCGUUAAUGAGGACAAAUGUUGGAACGGGAGUGCCAAGAGCAGGUAUGACUUUGCAGUGACAGGGAAUGGCUUAGCCAACCAGGUGAAUAAUCCCGAGGUAGAAGUUGACAUCACAAAGCCAGAUAUGGUGAUUCGUCGGCAAAUCAUGGCCCUUCGAGUAAUGACUAAUAAAAUGAAGAAUGCUUACAAUGGAAAUGACGUCGACUUCAUUGACAUAAGUGACGAGAGCAGCGGAGAAGAAAGUGGAAGUGGCUGCGAGUUGCAGCAAUGCUCUCUGGAAUUUGAGUUCAAUGUGACUGAAAUUACAGGAAACACCAAGAACGAUAAAACUGCAAACACUUCUGCUGCCACCAAUCUUGGUCUAUCAGCAAUAGCCUUCUUCUUUAGCAUUUUGUGCUUGGCCCUGCAAAGACAAUGGAGAUAACUGUGCAACCUAAGUGGGGGAAAAAAGACUAUUAUCAAAGUUAAAAGGCACCCAUUCUCACUUUUAUACCAUCUAGUGACUCUGCUUUUUAAGUUAAUGGACAACAGUGUACAGUUUUUACUAUGUUGCCACUGAUUUUAAAGUAUUGAUUUUUCUUGUCAUUUGCUAUUCUGGGAACAACAGGGACUUGGACUAUUAGUCUGUCCUGUUCACCAAGAAUCCGUGUGAAAGGUGGCUAACAAAGUGUAUAUACAGACUUGUAGUUAGCUCUGCUUUUGUGUUUUUAUCACUUUUCCUUUUUUUAUUUUAUUUUACCACAUUUCUUAUGAAAAAAAAAGCAAAAAACAAACAAAGGAAAAAAAAAAACACCCCAGAGUCCUAUCUUGGCAUGUGACAAAUGUGUUUCUGAAAUCUGAAAUAUCUGUACAGAAGCAAGUUUUAUUUAUCAUGGUAUCUUAUGGGCUGGGGGGGGAGGGAGUAGGGGGUCAGGGACAAUCGCCCAACAAGCAAAAGAUGUUUCAUGUACUUCCCAUUUAUCCAUGUUAUGUUAGUUGCCUUAUCUGGAGGGAAAUGGAAGCAAUUUGUCUUUAUUAUACAGUAGACCAGAAUGUGAAGGCGUCAUGGGUCUAUCCACCAUAUGCCCCAUUUGCAUGAAGCAUUAAUACCAGGAGCAGGUUAUACUUUCUUUACAGGACAUUUGGUUACGUUAGAAGAGAGCCAGAGGAUAUCGAAGCGAAGAAGCGCGGCCCGUUGUUCCCCCGAGACUCUUGCAAUUCGCUGUAAUCCCCGUAGCUUCACUCCUGUCAUGCCCCCCCAGUAGGUGUAAGGCAUUAAACUCGUAAAGUUGGAAGCA